AUGUGCGACGAACGACCUGAUGAUCCAAGUCCUCCUGCAAGCCGCGAUCCAAGUCCUCCUCCACCAGUUCCACCUCGUCCACCCAAAACUCAAAAUCUGCCUCCAACUCGUGAAAAUUCACUGACUACAAGUACACCGGGCAAUAUAACAGUAGUGCCUCAACCAGGUAUUGAAACCCGUGAAAAUAAAACGCAGUCAGCUGUCGACGUGAACAAUGUGUUUACAACAGAACUCCAAAAGGGUGAAAUAGCCAUAACAUCGCAACAGAUGAACCCGGAGAAAGACAUAACAUCGUCAACUUUCAUAUUAUCGCCGUCAUCUGAUUCUAACAAUAAUGCAGCAUUAAGGCCCCUCCUCGGGUCAGAAACAUAUCUCAGCCCAGUUACUGAAGAAUAA